GAGAGAGAGAGUGAGAAAAAGAUUGAAACUUUCAGUAAUAAUAUCACAAAAAGAAUGAAUUUUUAUUAUUUUAGGAGAGAGAGAGAAAGACAAGAUGAGUAUCUAGUUGUCUUCUUUUCUUCGGUAUAAUCCUUCUUUCAUUUUCCUCUGUUUUCUGAAAAGACUCCUCUCAUCUCAGUCCCAAAAACAUAUAUUUUUUUUUUUUGGUCUUUGAGCUGAGGAGGAGAAGGGCUUUACUUGUAGAAGAAAGAUUACAACUUUGUUCUUCUUCUGUACACAGCUCAUUAAAAAGCUGUUUUUUUUUUUUUGGAAAAUUGUAACUACCCAGCUUGAGUUUUUGAGUUCUGAAAUUGUUUUCAAGGUGGGUUUUUUUUUUUGUUAAAGGGGUUUUGUUCUUUUUUGGGGUUAUGGAGGAAGGAGAAGUGGGGUUUUGAUUAAACAAAAAAGUUAUAGGUGAGAACUGUUAAACAAAAAAGAAGAAAAAGUCAGAAUCUGGGGUUGGGUUGCGUUCUAAUUUAUGGCUACUCCUCAGGAGAAAGUUAAACCCAAUAGGGUCUAUCAAGUUUGGAAGGGAAGCAAUAAAUUUUUCUGUGGCGGGCGAUUAAUUUUUGGCCCCGAUGCAGCAUCUGUUCUUCUAUCUGUAUUCCUUAUAGCUGGGCCUGCAAUAGCCUUUUGUGUAAAGGUUUAUUAUGAAAUAGAUCACAUGCGGUACUACUAUCAUAGUAACUGGAGUCUCGUAUUGGUCAUCAGCGUAUUUCUUACUCUUUUGGACUUGACAUUUCUCUUCUUAACAUCUAGUAGAGAUCCGGGCAUUGUUCCUAGAAAUACGAGGCCUCUUGAGCCAGAUGAAGCCGAUGUUCCAACACCAUCCAUGGAAUGGGUUAAUGGCAGGACACCACAUUUGAAACUACCCCGAACAAAAGAUAUUCUUGUGAAUGGUCACUCAGUAAAAGUGAAGUACUGUGACACUUGUUUGCUAUACCGCCCUCCCCGUGCUUCUCAUUGUUCCAUUUGCAACAACUGUGUUCUGAGAUUCGAUCAUCAUUGUCCUUGGGUCGGUCAAUGCAUCGGAAUACGUAAUUAUCGGUUCUUCUUUGCAUUCAUUUCAACUUCAACGAUCCUAUGCGUUUACGUGUUCACGUUUUCAUGGAUUCACAUAAUUAGGAGACAUGGAAAAGUUUUAGAAGCGAUGAAAGUUGAUUACCUUUCGGAUUUCCUAAUAGCAUACUGCUUUAUAGCUGUUUGGUUCGUCGGUGGUCUUACAGCUUUCCAUCUUUACCUCAUAUCCACAAACCAAACUACGUAUGAGAACUUCCGAUACCGAUAUGACAAGAAAGAGAAUCCAUAUAACAAGGGAGUUUCAGGCAACUGUGGAGAAACUUUCUUCUCUAAAAUCCCACCUUCAUUGAACAAAUUUCGAUCAUUUUUCGUGGAAGAUGAGCACGUGAUGGUGACAUCUUUGACUCCAGAUUUCGGAGAAAGUGCUAUGAGUUCGAAGGAGAAAAUUGAUAUCGAGAUGGGAGCUAGGCAGUCAGAGGACGGUGCUUUCCCACUUCCUGCUAUUUUGAGAGAUUUGGAUUACGAUGAUAUAGAGAAGAACCCUGAAGAAGACCGAAGACUUGGUUUGGACUCGUAUUUGCCUGUUGAAGACGAAGAAAAAGAGUCCUCUGGUGUGAAUGUGAGAAUAGAUAGUGAAGAAGAAGAUGAUAUGCAAGUGCAAAACUCUCCUGCAAGAGAAAGAGUACGAGAGUCUCUUGAUAGUGCCGCGAUUAUAGAUAGAGCUUUGGAGAGAAACGAUAACAGAAGUCACUCUCGUCCGACAGUGGUUACUCCUCAUAAUCAUCAAGCUUAGAGGUAUUGUUUCUUUUUUCACUUAAAACUUUUCGAGAUAAUUGAACCCGAAUGUUCAAGUUUGUUGACUGUUUUCGAUUCCAACAAACAGAUUUCGGCUAUAGCAGUCUUUCUUUCGAAGAUGAUGAUGGAGACUCGAGGGUAGUGUUGAAGCAGAUUUGUGAGUUUGUCAUGUUUUUGUAGUUAUAUAUAUAUAAUAUUAACUUCACAUGGAAAUGAAAUACAGGUUUAACUACUUUAUUUAUGUUUUCAUUGGUAAAAGAAGAGAAAGAUUUGUUGUUUGUUUUUCAUUACACAAAGUUUAUUAUUAUUAGACUCAUGUAAAUGUCUUGUUCUCUCUCACAAAAUAAUGAUAGUUCUACAUAUUCUGUUGGUUCAAA